AUGCAGAAGAAGUUCGAGAAUCACUGGAUGUCAUGGUGUAAUCGGCACGGGACGACCAUGGGGCCUCUGAUCGCACGAGCCUCGAACGAGGGGAAAUCCGAGGUCGCGGACAACCUGGGAGACCAAGAGGCUGAUCGGUUGGAUGAGGACUCCGAUGACGAUCCGGAUUUCGAGCCAGAUGAGGAUACCGGGGGCUCGGAUGACGACUCGGAGGAUGGUCUGGGCAACAGCUCUGACUCUGACGGCGACGACGACAGGAAGAACGACCCCGCGGACGACCUCGACGAGCUCUUGGACGAACACGCUCCGUACAAUGUAGAUCCUCGUACACGUGCCCCACGGAAGACGGGCAAGGGGAAAGGGAAGGGGAGAGCGAAGGGCUCUCGAGUCACGGGCAAGCGGCGGCGUGGACCUCUCCAGCCCCUUCGAGAACGCCGGUCGCCCCGCUGGCAGGCAGCGGAUGGUAUCCCGGUCAUCCUGCCCUCUUCCUGCCCAGCGUCCGUGCGCGAAAGACCUUGCAUGGCCUCGGCGGUGGAGAUCGAGAUCGCCCUCCGUGUAGGGCAAGCUAACGACGCUCUGAAUACGCUGCGGACGCAGCUGAUCACGAGCUAUACUUUCCGGAAUCGGGUGGCGAAACGUGACAAGCGGGUGGCAGAAGGACACGUUAUGGCGACGAGGUCGAAGUCGGGGAUUUACAGCAAGGAGCGAAGUGUUCGCAAUGCGGCAAACGAAUACCGGCGGGCCUAUCAAGCACUGGUCACCCUCGGGUACGAUAACGAGGAACAGCGGUUGAAGCGUCUUGAGGACAAGGAUGUUAGGCCCUUCGACAUCAGCAUGGACAAUCAAGAACUGGGCCAGAGCAAGAGGCAGCCGUCUUGGAUCUGGGACGAGCUCGAGUUCCUAGACACUACCAAGGUGUCGGAGAACUUUGAAUCAUACGCGGAGGAAGGCAAGUACAGGAGGGUGUAUUUCAUCAAGGUUCAUUGGUUCCGGAUGAGUGCGCUAAAGGCGAGGUGGGAAGAAGAGGUAGCGGUCGUCCAUGAAGAGAUGGCCCGUACGGUCCGCUUCUUCAAGUUUCACCAACACUUCUGGCUCGAUGUCGGCGAGAAGCAUGAUGAAUCAGGGAUGAGGGGGCACGGCGCGUAUGCACGAAAGCAAGCAUACAUGUAUGAGCGACUUGUAGGCGGAUGCUCCUCGGCAUUCAAAGAUAUUCCGGAAAUCAGGGUGUCCGAGAUACACCACUACGUGGAAGAUGAAACGGGUUGCUGGAUCAAGUACAUCUACAACCCCGAAUCGAUCUCUUAUACACCGCGCGCAUAG